UCGCACACGUAGUGGGCUGGUGGGUAAUUAAUGGUCUUUAGAAGGGCCCAUGUGACACUGCAGAUUUCCUGCGUCGCUAGACCAUUCAUCCCCUUCUUGCGGCAGCUCGGCGUGCGACGGAAUCGCCAUGGAUGGGCUUUGAGGAUGCCGAAUCAGGAUUGAUUCCUAGAGUUGAUGCCAGGGAUCUCUUAGGAGGAGAUAUCGUUGUUGUGGAGUCAGUCGUUGCUUCUAUCCAUGAAGCUCGCGUGGACUGCGAAGAUUUGAUUUCCUCUGAGCACACAACUGGCUCUAUGUAUGGUGAGCAUCCUGGCGCAGGGAGGCGCCUUUUGGAUGCAAUGCUGGGGGAAGAGGAAGCUGGCUCAUACAAUGGUGCUAGCGAGAUUGUUGCCGAUUCAAACGAUAGGCCACCUGAAGAUAUUAGCGAUGCAGCCGUUCAGAGAGGAUGGAGAUGCAGAGGGCGUGUUCGUCUCCAACUCAAAAGGCUCCUGCUGGACUCGAAGUGAGUUAUCCAUGAUGGUGUUCGGGUGUGCUUGGAAUAUCUGUUUUUAGAAUGUCCACCAAGAAAUAGUAUGUUUUUCCAAUGGAGCUCACAGAAUGCAUGUCCAACAUGUUGAAAAAACGGCAGGAUUAGGAUUGGUAAGGCGGCAGAUGAGAGGGAAAUCAAUCCAAGCAGGGUUCCUGCACUCGAGGCUUCAAGACGUGCUUAUGCAGAUAAAAAAGUUGAUGUUGUUGUUAAUCUGGCAUUGAGGAUAAGUUUUGAUUCGGCCGAAGAUCCUGAGUUCAAAUAUAGUGUUCAAAGUCGAUGAUGAAGGUCGAGUGAUAACUCUGAUGUGGACAACAGGAUGAAGCAUUGAGCAGUUUAAGUGCUUUGGUGAUGUUGUCACCUUCGAUACCACAUACAAAACUAAUAUCUAUGACAUGCCAUUCAGGCUUUUUGUUGGUGUCAACAAUCACUUUCAGAGUAUUAUUUUUGGCGCUGUGCUGAUGAGUGACGUGAAAGUCUGCACUUUCAAGUGGAUUUUCACUGAGUUCUUUCCAAUGAUAUGUGCGCCCCAACCGUGCACAAUCCUAGUAACCUAUCAUUUGUAGAAAAUUUUAUUAACUUAUUUCUGUUGAAUAUAUCGAUUUUUCUUAUCAUAAUUUGUCUCCUCCCAGUUACUUAUGAUGAUCGUAUGAUAGAAAUGCAGGGAGUGUGCGGUUCUAACUCAUAACUUGCCUAUUGAGAUUCAUGCUUC